GCAAGGGACCUGAAACUCUUUAUGCUGGACAGAAACUCAAUGACAACGAGUGGCACACUGUCCGGGUAGUUCGGCGAGGAAAAAGCCUCAAGCUGAUGGUGGACGAUGAUGUCGCGGAGGGCACAAUGGUUGGUGAUCACACCCGCUUGGAGUUCCACAACAUUGAGACAGGGAUCAUGACGGAGAAACGGUACAUCUCUGUCAUCCCCUCCAGCUUCAUUGGCCACCUCCAGAGCCUCAUGUUCAACGGGAUGCUCUACAUUGACCUGUGCAAGAAUGGUGACAUUGACUAUUGUGAGCUGAAGGCACGCUUUGGUCUCCGCAACAUUAUAGCUGACCCUGUGACGUUCAAGACCAAGAGCAGCUACCUGAGCUUGGCCACCUUGCAGGCCUAUACAUCCAUGCACCUCUUCUUUCAGUUCAAGACCACCUCAGCUGAUGGGUUCAUCCUCUUUAACAGUGGUGAUGGCAAUGACUUCAUCGCAGUUGAACUAGUCAAGGGGUAUAUACACUAUGUGUUUGACCUUGGAAAUGGACCUAAUGUUAUCAAAGGCAACAGUGAUCGUCCUCUUAAUGACAACCAAUGGCACAAUGUCGUUAUCACCAGAGAUAACAGUAACACACACAGCCUGAAGGUGGACACUAAGGUGGUCACUCAGGUUAUCAAUGGUGCCAAAAACCUGGAUCUUAAAGGUGAUCUCUACAUUGCUGGCCUAGCUCAAGGCAUGUAUAGCAACCUCCCAAAGCUAGUGGCCUCACGUGAUGGAUUUCAGGGCUGCCUAGCAUCUGUGGACUUGAAUGGGCGUCUGCCUGAUCUAAUCAAUGAUGCUCUGCACCGCAGUGGGCAGAUUGAGCGUGGAUGUGAAG